AUGUGGAGACUCAAGCUCGACAAGAAGGCGGCCUUUAUCUACGAUGUUCGUGAGUAUUUUAAGCAGAUUGAAAGCGAGGAAAAGCCACCACAAAACCUGACAGUACUGUUAACAGAUGUACGUUCAGCGAAGUUGAAGGUUGGGCUUGCAGAAGGCGAUACCGAGGGUGCCUAUGCUUACGCAGCUGUCCUGGAACCACUCAACGAAGUAAACACACUUGAAUAUGGUACUCAAAUAAGGAAAGUCCACAGCUCGCCAAAUUGGAGCCCCUCAUCCCUCCUGCCCUCAACAAAGUACCGCUUCCAUGGAUAUGCUUGCAAUUCGGGCAACCUGAGAUGUGCCGCAGCUGAACCAGUGACAUUCGAAACUAAGGAAAUGAGUAAGCUAGUAGGAAUUUCACGCGGCUCUUUUUCGGACGAAGUGACCUGA